UCCAGCAGCUCCACACGCAACAAGUCUGCAAACAGAGGAUAAGGUCGCGUCAAACAGCGGAGAUUUGGCGUUGGUUCGUGUCCAGCAGAGGAGAAACACGCGUGGGGCGUUUCUCUGACACGUUUGUGUGUUUUUUGGAUUGAUAAAAAGUCGGUGGAAAGAACCGGGAGGGAUGUGAGGAGUUUUAAAGCGCCGGUGUUUGUUGGUUUUACGAUGGAGGAACCUGCUACCAGGGAGUUGGACUCUGUGUCAGACGGAGCUUCGGAUGACGACAUGCCCGUAAUGCUGCCCACAGACGGCGGCGGGAGCAUCCGCAAGGGCUGCGACCCCUUCGCUCAGACGCAGCGCAGCAAACUGCAGCACCGCCGCGCUCGCAUCAACCAGCAGAUCAACAAGGAGAUGCGCAUGAGAGCCGGAGCUGAGAACCUGUUCAG